CCACAGAGGUCUAAAAUACGACGCGAAUUGCUAUCUGUUAGCUUGCUACGUUGUUUCCCUCCAUCAACACUGAGCAGAGACGGAAAGUUAGCAACACCGGAUUCACGUUUGCCACAAAUACCCAGCGAAUAACUCUUUUACAGGACGUUUGAUCGAGUGAUCCACGAAAAAUAAACGACAUAUGCAGGCUCUAUAGCAGUGCAAGAUGUUCAACAAAUCUUUUGGUGCUCCCUUUGGGGGAGGUACAGGAGGAUUUGGGACGUCAUCAACUUUUGGGCAACCGAAUUCCGGGUUUGGUGCAACACCAGGGGGCUUUGGAUCUUCAGCAUUUGGGACAACAAACAACACAGGAGGACUGUUCGGGAACACCCAGAACAAGCCUGGUGGUCUCUUUGGGUCAAGCACGUUCAGUCAGCCUGUUACAUCCUCCACCAGUAGUGGCUUUGGGUUUGGUGCCACCAGCGGAACAUCAAACAGCCUUUUCGGAAGCACCAACACCGGAGGUGGAGGACUGUUUUCCCAGCAGAAUAAUGCAUUUGGAGCCAACAAACCAGCCGCUUUUGGCAAUUUUGGAACAAGCACCAGUAGUGGUGGAUUGUUUGGAACAACCAACACAGCAUCCAACCCUUUUGGAGGAACAUCAGGAUCUUUGUUUGGGUCAUCAAGUUUCACCGCUGCACCUCCUGGCACAACCAUUAAAUUCAAUCCACCUACAGGGAGUGAUACAAUGGUAAAAGGAGGUGUGACAACCAGCAUCAACACCAAACACCAGUGCAUCACUGCCAUGAAGGAAUAUGAAAACAAAUCUUUAGAGGAAUUGAGGCUUGAGGAUUACCAAGCAGGAAGGAAGGGUCCUUCCAACCUCCCCAUGGCAGCUGGCACAGGUGGCCUCUUUGGAGCAGCAGCCCCAGCUACUCCUAGUACUGGCACUGGACUUUUUGGCUCCUCUGCUCCAAACACUGGCUUUAACUUCGGCCAAAACAAAACCACAUUUGGCACCAGUACAGGCGCCUUUGGUACAACCACAGGAAGUUUGUUUGCCCAGCCACAGCAGCAGCAGCAACAACAGCAGCAAAAUUCCAGUCUCUUCAAACCAUUCGGCUCAGCCACCACCACCCAAAACAAUACUUUCUCCUUUGGCAACACCAGCAGCAUGCAGGGGCUGUUUGCCAACACUGCUGCCUCUCAGGCUGGAGGACUGUUUGGAAACACUAACACAAGUACUGCCACUGGCUUUGGCACAGGAAUCUUUGGUCAGACUAACACUGGCUUUGGGAAUGUAGGCACACAGAAUCUUUUCGGUAAUAAGCCUGCAGGAUUUGGCACCACCACUACUAGCGCACCCUCUUUUGGCUCAGGCCCUGGUCUUUUUGCAAAUAAGCCUACGCUCACUCUUGGGACUAACACAAACACCUCAACGUUUGGGUUCAGUGGUACUGGUGCUGGUGGUGGCCUUUUUGGGAACAAAACUGCUGCAACAGGUCUUGGACCAGUAUUGGGUGCUGGCUUUGGAGCAGGUGUAGGAACUGGCCAGACGUCAUUGUUUGGGAACAACCAGAAACUGGGCUCCACCUUGGGCUCAGUGGGCACUUUUGGCGCUGGAGGCUUUAACACUGGUGCCAGCACACUGAAUUUUGGCGCUCCUCAACAGCCUAUUGCUCUGACUGACCCCAGUGCAGGAGCUGCUCAGCAGGCUGUGCUCCAGCAGCAGAUCAGUGCGCUGGCCUAUUCGCCUUUUGGAGACUCACCUCUCUUUAGAAACCCACUGUCAGACCCCAAAAAGAAGGAGGAGCGUCUGAAACCCACAAAUCCAGCUGCCCAGAAGGCCUUGACUACCCCUACUCAAUACAAACUCACACCUCGUCCUGCCACCCGCGUGCGCCCCAAAGCACUCUCCUCCUCAGGCUCUUCCAAAUCUCAGCUCUUUGAUGGGCUUGAUGAUGAUGAGCUCUCUCUUAACAACGGGGCUUUCAUGCCUAGGAAGAGCAUAAAGAAGCUUGUGUUGAAGAAUCUGAACAACAGCAGUCUGUACAACAACUCAUUAAACCGAGAGGCUGAUGAUUUGGCCUCUCCUUCAGAGUACCCACAGAAUGGGCUCAGUCUGAGUUUGGAUGAAGGAGAACCCAGAGAAGCAAAUAUGGAGAGAAGAGGGGAGGAUGAUCUGGAGGUCUCAAAGUUUUACACCAACCCAAUCACCAAACCCAUUCCUCAUGCCCAGCUGAGCCCCUUGCUUCAGGACACCAUCUCCGAGUUUAACAUGCGGGGAUCUGGCAGUCAUCGCAACGGGCUGGAGGCCAGCAGUGAAGACCUCUCUCUAGCAGAGGACUCCAUUCAGGAGGAGAGAGAUGAGGAGCUGGAGGCUCAGAAACCUCCUCACCCAGCUGGUAUAGUUCUUAGCCGUGUUGGCUACUACACCAUCCCUUCGAUGGAAGAGCUGGGAAAGAUGCUGAAUGAGAAUGGGGAGUGUAUUGUUGAGAACUUCACCAUCGGCAGAAAAGGCUAUGGGUCAGUUUUCUUCCCUGGGGAAGUUAAUCUUACCAACAUGAUCCUGGAUGAGAUUGUACACUUCAGACGCAAGGAGAUAAUCGUGUACCCUGAUGACAAAGACAAGCCCCCUGUUGGAGAGGGACUAAACAGACGCGCUGAGGUGACUCUAGAUGGAGUGUGGCCCAAUGACAAGACAACUUGCUGUCAGAUCAAGAGUCCAGAUAGGCUGACUGAGAUGAACUAUGAGGGUCGGCUUGAAGCAGCUUCACGCAAACAGGGCGCCCGCUUCUUGGAGUACCGGCCUGAAACUGGCUCUUGGGUCUUUGAGGUGGCCCACUUCUCAAAGUAUGGCUUGCAGGAAUCUGAUGAAGAGGAGGAAAUUUCUCCAGCUAAACUCGACCUGAAGAAGCUGAAGACAGCGGUUCCUCCAGGGCUUGCGCAGCUUCCUCUGACCCAGCAGCAGGGGGCGCCACAGGCUCAGAGUACUGCGGUUCUUGAGCUCCUCAGCCGUGUGUCGGAGUUGGACAGUGACAUGGCUGACAUUACUCAAGAGCACCCGGUCGAGAGUAUUUUGGACGAUGAGGAUGGCGAAAGAACUUCUUUCGAAGAGAACAAACUGAGAUCCGAGACCCCUGCUGAGAACGAGCCCGUGUCUGCAUCCAGCCAGAUCGCUUCCUCUAUGGGCAUCAACCCUCAUACUUUACAGAUUAUGAAGGCCUCUCUGUUUGCAGACGACGAUGAGUGUGACAUGUUUCAAGAGCAUGUUUCUUCAAAGCUCAUUCAAGAUGUGGCUUCAACCAAACUUUUGCUUUCUGGAGCUGGUCGGCCAUCAAUUGGAGCCCUUUUGCAAAACAAAUUUACUUCAGGAGGAGGCCUCUUUUCCCAGUUGCCAGAGGUUCCUUUUAGUGGAAUUUCUCAGAAGUUGAACAAGUCACUGGCAUCAGAAGCUGCAUGGCCAUCAUUGGGUCCAUCUUUUCUUCUCCCGCCCCCUCCUCCAGAACCUACUCUUCGCACUGUAGGGGCCCGCAGGCUUGGGGGACCUGUGCCUCUGGAGGCCUCUAUAACUCUAGGCAAAGGUCGCCUGCUUAUGGACGCGGCUCUGUUCAGAGGCCGGUCUUUCAGAGUGGGCUGGGGCCCCAACUGGACUCUUGUGCACAGUGGAGAUCAACUCAGUGUCACACACCCCGUGAAGGAGCCGGCAGCAGAGAACCUGGGGUUUGGAUUCUUACCCAAACCAACCAAAACCAAACCGAUCACUGAAAGUCCCUUUAAAGUGCGUGUGGAGCAGGUGGUCGGUCUGGAGCCCAAGCAGUCAUCAGAGAGCCUUUCUUUGUACCUCAGGCCACUGGAGAUCGGUCUGAAGCACAGCACCAUCAACACAGAGGAGCCCUGUCCCUUCAUCCAGCCAGCAGGAGGAGUGGACGCUCUGCAUGGCUACGCAGAGUGGAUUGUAGAGGUCAACAAAGAUAUUGGAGGAAGUGAUGCUGGCCUGGCGCAUUGGAAGCAAGUCUGGACUUUGUGUGCUGCUCUUUGGGGUCGACUGGGUGACCGUGACCUGGACACUGAGCAAUAUUCAGACUACCAGCAGCAGCUCGAGAGGCGGAGGAGCUUCUCACACUGGCUGUCUGAUUGCGCGGCCAACUGCAUCGAGGAGGAGGUGGGCCGAGCGCUUCAGCGCAGCCAUGCAGAGGCCGUAUUCAGUUACCUCACUGGCCACUGCAUCAGCAAGGCCUGCAAAUUGUCCCAGAAGAGUGGGGACCAUCGGCUUUCUCUGAUGCUGUCCCAGGCUGUGGGCUCUCAGUUUUGUCGUGAUCUGUUGGCUCUGCAGCUCACAGACUGGAACAGGAUGCAGACAGACUCCUUCAUCGAGGAGGAGAGGCUACGAAUAUUUGCUUUGCUUGCAGGCAAACCAGUGUGGCAGUCUACAGACUGUUGUAUAAACGUGUGCUCAGAGCUGGACUGGAAGCGGUGUGUUGCUGUUCAUCUGUGGUACAUGCUGCCUCCCACUGCCUCUGUAGCUGAUGCUCUCACCAAAUACGAAACAGCGUUUCAGGGUUCAGAGGAAGUGAAAAGGUAUGCUGGCCCUCCUUUACCUCCGUAUAUAGACGAACUGGAGUUGUUGGGUUUGGAUGAAGACAUGGAUGAGAUCGAUUCCAAAAAGCCACUCUACGACAUCUGCUUCCACCUGCUCAAACUUUACAGCGACAGGCACUACAGCCUUCAACAGCUGCUUGAUCCCAGCACAGUGACCGCCGAUCAUCUGGACUAUCGGCUGAGCUGGCACCUCUGGAGUGUGCUGCAGGCUCUCAACUACAACCACCUGGCCACCUCAUGCCAGGGCCUGCUGCAUGCCAGCUAUGCUGCUCAGCUAGAGAGUGCGGGAUUAUGGGAAAUGGCCAUCUUUGUGUUGCUGCACAUCACAGACUCUGGACGUAGAGAGAGUGCAGUAAGGGAAAUGCUUAGCUUACAUUGCUCCCUCGAGGAGACGGAAGAGUCGAUGGAGAAGGAGCAGUUUCUUACAGAAAAGCUGCUGAUCCCCAUCCAGUGGAUCCAUCAAGCCAAGGCCAUCCGUGCCUGCAGAGAGGGAGAUAAACAUAGAGAAGCCUUGCACCUUUACAAGGCUGGCCACUGGAACCACUGCCAUCGACUGGUCAUCCAGCACCUCGCCUCAGACUGCAUCAUUAACGAUAAUCAUAAGUACCUCCUGGAUUUCCUAGAGGGUUUGGCAGUGCCAGAGCGCAGUGUUCAGAUUCAGGGCUGGGAUACGUCUGGAAGGGUCUUCCUUGAUUACAUCCAUGUUAUUCAAACGCUGCAAGACAUCCAGCAGAUGGAAAGCCCAGGUUAUGAGCUGGAGCGACUGCAUACAGAGGUGACAUCUCUCUGCAAUAGAAUAGUGCUUCUCCCCUGUUCCAAAGCUAAAGACAAACUUGCCCAAUCAGAGAUGGCCAAACGUGUGGCUAACAUCCUCCGGGUGGUCCUGAGUCUCCAGCAGGGUGGUGAAGGCACCCCAGACUCCCAAUACAUCCCUCUUUGUCAGCUUGCUUCACACAUUGGACGUCUGCCCAUGCCUGAGGACUAUGCUUUGGAGGAGCUGCGCAGCCUUACUAACUCAUACAUGCAAGAGUAUGUGAUCAGUCACUGAAUAGCAAGAUAAGAGUUUCUCAAUCAGUUGCGCUGAAGUAACACGAGUCUUGAGUGAGUCGACCUUGCGCCCUCCUGUUAUAUAUGGCUGUUUAAGGCCGUGGUUGAACUUUUGAGGCAUAUUUAGGCACAAAACUUGUGAAUAAAGCAUUCCCUUGUGUGUUUUUUUUUUUUCCUCCAAAUUUUGUUUUGUAGUCAUAGACAUGAUCUGUAUGAGUGUCUUUAAUAAUUAAAGUAUCUUUUUGAAUACACCUGUUCAUUUAGUCUACCUGGGGACAUUGAGAACUUUACAUUUUUGUCUGCUAUGUUACAAAGUUCAAUUGUGAAGUAUCAAUUUGGUCUGUUCAACUUGGUCUAUGUAACUUGUGUUCCGACCCUACUUUGUACUCCGGCCACAAAACAUUUCAUAUAGACAUAACAAAUGGGAAUGGGUUCCUUUGACCAGUCCUGUCACUCAUAGUGUUUUAAAUCUUAAAGUAAGCGUGUGUACAUCUUUUGUAAGUACAGUAUUUUUAUUGUUCCCAUGGACUGCCUCGGUCUAUAAGUUGCUAGCGUGCUUCUGUGGGUGUAAUGAUAAAGAUUACUCAACCUGGCUUGUUAGAAGGUUUGAUCUUUUUUUUUUUUUUGAGGAGAUUAAGCGUUUAUUUAAAAUGACACCAAAAAUAUAUGACAACGUUAAAAUGUAAACGUGUGGGCGUAUCUCUAUUUUUGUAGGGUUUUCUGGAAAACCUUAUUGCAAAAGGUUUGCCCAGUGCAAAACUAAAUAAAUUUAGUGCUAUUGGUCAAAGACAUUGACAGAAAUCUAUUUUGAGCUUUCUAAAGUGUUAAAUAUGAGACUGGCAAUUCUUAUAAAACUUUAAUCAAAGUUAACCUGACAGCUCUUCUGAGUAGGAUUGGGUUUCGCUGAUGUAAUUACAUUACAGCAUUGUGUGAAGCCUUCAUCCUCUCAGGUUUUUUUUUUUUUUUUUUUUUGGUAAGUGCUACAAAUGCUUUGGCCAUUAGUAACGUGCUUGUUUCUUGUAAUGUUUAUUUUCUGAAAACAUUGUAAACAUUAAACUUGGUUUAUGACAGAUUGUGCUUCAGAUGUUUAAGGUUUUGCUCUAUGAAUGGAUGCGUGUUUGUGGCUGUCUGAUUAUUGCUGUGCAUGAAUGUGCUCAAUUCUUUUAUAAACCAUGAAUAAAGUACUUUAAUUUCUAAGAA